AUGGCUCCAGUCUCUCCUCCUCGCUCCCUCAAACGACUCCUCCACCGCCGAACCCCUUCGAAUCUCGAGAUUGUCCCGGAAGAAGUGCCUGCCAUGUCAGCUCCAGACGAUGACGCUGGCCCUGUGCCCCCCAAGUCCCACUCAGAGCCCCAGCUAGGAGUCUCUGCCCUCUCAGCACGUCCACUGCCUGGCGACUCUACUCACGCAGGUGCUGCUUUCCUCGACGACACUGCGCCCUCAUCCGUAAACCAGCCAACUUCUAGCCCCGGCCUCUCCCGCACUGCAUCCUUCUCCAAUAGCUCCUACCAUGACGAGUCCGACCCUGAAGAUGCCUCCUUCUUCCCGCCUGUCGAGAAGCUCACCAUGUUUGACUUUGUCGAGAACCUUGCUCUCGCCCAGCGCAUUGAGAAGAUACAGAGCUCCAUCUCCAACCAGACGGAGCGCAUCAGGAACCAGGCAAAGAACAGGGGCAUAACCAGAGAUCGCGUUGUCGAGGAGUGGCGACGCAGAGUGCCAACUGAAGCCGAGCAACUCGACAAAUACAAGAAGCGCAUGCGCCGCUCGGUCGACCGUCUGAACCAGCGCUGGAACGAGUCUCUCACAGUGACUGCGCGCGAAAAGACAUCCUUCAUCGCCGCUGUCUUGAACAUCUUUGUCUCGGGAUACUUGGUCGGAUCCCAUCCAGAGUGGUUCCCUCACUGGUACACGGCCCAGCUGCUCUACUUUAUGCCCAUCCGCUUCUUCACGUAUCACAAGAAGGGCUACCACUACUUCUUGGCUGAUCUGUGCUACUUUGUCAACAUCCUCUUGGUCCUGACCAUGUGGGUUUUCCCUCAGUCUAAACGACUCUUCAUUUCGACGUACUGUCUUUGCAUGGGAAACAACGCCGUAGCCAUCAUCAUGUGGCGUAACUCGCUCGUCUUUCACAGCAUGGAUAAGGUUGUCAGUCUUUUCAUUCACAUCAUGCCAUGCGUCACCCUACACUGCAUCGUCCACCUGCUCUCGCCAGAAUAUCAACAAGGACAUUAUCCCGCCAUCUACAACAUUCGCCAUUCGGACCCAACCUCGCCCCACCACUAUGGUCUCUUCCAGAUGAUGCUCUGGGCCACUUGUCCGUAUGCGGUUUGGCAGCUAUCCUACCACUUCCUCAUCACGGUGCGCCGUCGCGAUCAGAUUGCAGCAGGUCGACCAACCAGCUUCACGUGGCUACGAAAGUCGUACGCCAAGACCUGGAUUGGCAAGAUUGUCCUUGCACUGCCCGAGUUCCUUCAAGAGCCCGCUUUCAUGUUCAUCCAAUACAGCUAUGCUGUCCUCACCAUGAUUCCCUGCCAAGUGUGGUUCUGGUACCGCUGGCCUAGUGGUCUCUUUCUGAGCAUCGUCUUCGUCUGGAGCGUCUACAACGGGGCUACCUACUACAUUGACGUGUUUGGAAACCGCUUCCAGAAGGAGCUUGAACAGCUCAAGAAAGACAUGGCAAAGUGGCAGUCUUCGCCCGAGGGAGGCUUCACGCCUUAUACACCUGCAGGUGAUAAUGCAGAGAAGCAGCUAGGUUACAUUCCUCCACUCGAAGGCAGCACCAGCGUGAAGCCGGUUGAUGGAGAGACGCGGGAGAGGAAGUAG